CACAACCUCGCCAAAGCACAUUUUCGUUAAUACAGAUUUAACGGUUUAUACUCUUGUCUCUGGGUCUCUUGGCAAAUGGCGAGCUCUGCCGAAAUUACUUUGUUGAAAUAUAUCCGCGAUGCGACCGAACCGUUCGCAUUCGAGCCAAACUUGGCUUUAAACCUUGAAAUAGCUGACUUGAUAAACCAAAAGAAGGGAAAUCUUCCACGAGUUGCAGCUUUUGCAAUUGUUCGAAAAAUCAAUGAUCGAAACCCGACCGUUGCAUAUUUAGCUGUUAACUUACUUGACAUCUGUGUGAAGAACUGUGGUUAUGCUUUUCAUCUACAGAUAGCUACCAAGGAUUUCCUAAAUGAGUUGGUCCGUCGUUUUCCCGAGCAUCCGCGGAUGGGUAUAAACAAGAUCCAGCAGCUUAUCCUCCGUCUCAUUGAGGAGUGGAGACUCACUAUCUGCAAGGACAGUCGUUACAAAGACGAUUUUGGAUUUAUUCGUGAUAUGCACAUUCUACUUGGUUAUAAUGGAUAUAAGUUUCCGGAAAUCAGCAAAGAUGAUAUUACAGUGUUGUCAGAGAAGAACACUCUAAAAAGUAUUGAGGAACUGGAACGUGAAGACAGAGAAGCAAUGUCGGCAAAGUUACAAGAGCUCAUUCGUAGAGGGACUCCCACUGACCUUGCGGAAGCCAACAAAUUGAUGAAAAUCAUGGCUGGUUAUGAUACUCAACGCAAAAAGGAGUACCGCGACCGUGUUAUUGCUAGCCUUGAAAAACUGAAGCGUAAAGCUACCUUGUUUGGUGAGAUGCUUGCUGGCAUAACAGAAACAGAUCAACUCUCCGCUGGUGACGUCUACGACGAACUCGCUACCUCGCUCCAAGAAGCUUCUAUUAAACUAGAACGCAUUCUUAAGGAUGAUUUUGAAGAUGAGAACGAUAAGCAACAAGUUGCAUCGCUUUAUGAAUACGUAACCAAUCUUACGAACCAGUAUAAGUGUAUAAAGAACCGGGACGUCGAAGGCGCUGCCAACUUUCGAAAGACAGCCAAUGAGGUUGAGAUGGUUUCUGCAAAAUCAAAUAGUGACCUACUGAUUGAUCUCAACUUCCAACCGGAUACAAACUCAGAAAUCAACCAUACUACAGAUCUUGUUGGCUCUCCUGCUUCUCAAACCGCAACUCCUCCUAUCCAUCUGUCGAGUUUAGCUCCUUCAGCUUCUUCCCAGCCUUCAGCAUUGUCACCCGAACCCACACUUUCUAAUAUUUUGCAUAAAUUCGCGUAUUUCACGUUACGCUACGCCUCUAAAGAGUUUCAACAAAACAAACUCUCUCUUGUUUUGAAGCUUUCCAAUGACUCAACGAAACUCAUCGAUAAUUUCCAGCUCUUCAUUGCCGUUCCUAAGGUCUACAAGUUGCAAUUAGAACCUCAAUCUGGAUCAAUGCUUCCUGCGGGUGCAGUAGAGGGUAUUACACAACAAGUAUCUGUAUAUGGCCCUCUUAAUCCCUCUAAGGGUCUUCCCGUUCGACUCAAAGUAACCUAUAAAAUCGACGGUGUUUUAAAAGAGGAAUUCGAACAGUCGGUCAUUCCUUUGUAGUUCAAAAACACAUUUUUUUCCCUUUUUUCCCGCUUAUAGGAGUCUAGGUUAAUGCUUUCAACGAUACGGGAAUAUCUCAUUCGUUUUGCACACUUCAAUUCUUCGCACCUUAGACACUAUUCAUGAAGAAAUCUAGAAAAUUGAAAUAAUCGAUUUUUUUGAGUGAGUUAUCUCUUACAGUUUAACCAAUUUUGACAAAAUUUCAUUCAUUUAUUUUCUAUUCAAAUUGGAUACCUACCCACUCAUCGACAAAACCGCACAUGUCUUGAUCAACGCUAGGCAAGCAGUCCAUGGCGCAAGUUGCAACCAGAACGGAUGUCCAUUCGGAGACCAUAUCAUCCAAUAACGAAAUAGUCUGAGGAACAAGUUGCAAUUCAAACACUCUGGGCGAAUUACAAUGCCGACAAUUUGGAAAAGGGUUUUUAUUACCAUUUAAAGCAGAACGAAUAGAGGAACCAAGUUGAUCUCGGAAAGAAGACAACAACGCUGCUCCCCCACGUUCGUAACGAACACACUGCUGAGGAUUGAAUGCAAUGCGCUCUGUAAAUUGACGGAAUGCCUUUUCGAAUACCGCUGGAGACUUCUCGUAACCUUCCUGGCCCCAAUCACUAGGAUCAGCUGUCGCAUCCAACAUUAGUUGCUUCUCCUUUUUAGAUUUUCCUUGUUGCUUUAUAGGAAUCACUUCUUUGUCGAAAGCGAUAUAGGUACCCGGAAAUUGUGGGAUUUCUUCCGGAUAAGUAAACGAAUUAGUAAAACGCGUGCGCUUCGCUGACUGUGUUUCAUGUACAACCACAGGAUCCUUUUUCGUAGCAUGUUUAGCAGCAAUCUGACUAAACGGUGUCUUCUGUGAUGUAGAUGACAAAAAUGGAUUACUGAGCUGCUGAGUGCUAGAAGAGCAAAAGGGAUUGGCAAACUCCGUAGCAUUGGACGAAGGUGCAGAAAACGGAUUUACAAAGGUUGGUUUCUGAGCGACAUUGGUACUCAAAUCCUUCGUUUUCUGAGGCGAUUCUUUCGUUUCUUGCUCAGUAUUUUUAAGAAGCCUUUCCCCUCGAAGGCAACGUACACCCUCAGGAUUUCGUUUACAUGAAGCAUUGUGACACAUCCAAAUGUACAAAGCCCGUUCUUUCGUAUCAUCUCCUUCAAGGGGUGAAUAGCACUGAAGCACGAACUGCAUGUACUCUUUACAACGUCCACAACGCAGCAACUCCGGAUUGCACGAAUGUUGGCCAAAAAAGACCUAGAGCGGAAUUAGUCAGCCAUGAUUUCUUGUUUAACAUAAUUACUGCUGCCUUUGUUUGAAGCAGAGUGUACUUACUGGUGAACCUCCGAGGAAUGAUGAAUACGCAUCAGGUGCCUCAGAGUCACAUAAUUUAGCAUCAGGGAAUCCGAGCCAUGUCUGUGUAGUGUAUGACCGUCCGCUAGACAUCGGGCACCGAUGUAAAUCAAUAUUUCAAAGUUCACAGAUUCGGCUACGUUCUCUUCAGGUAAGUCCACAGUUGGGAGUCACGUUGAUUUAAGAACAAUAAAGUUUUUACAUAAGCGAGAAUGACGUAAGUCAUUGAUCGUUGAGGAUGUAAACAGAAAUAACAUGCUGUGGAAUGUUGAAUCCGAAUAAUGAAACACACCACAUGACGAUAAAGAACGGUAUGGGAGAAAGAAGGUAAUGUGUGUUCUUUAAAAAUGGGAGAACUGAAAUGUUAGACCACAACAUUGAUUGGAAAAACAAACCUUGGUAACCCAAAAACGUUAGAUAAAAGUAAUAACAUAUAGCCAACAGAUACAGAGUAUUCCCAAAGUAUAACGAAAUCCUGCUCGAUGGUCAAUUUUUUUGGUCUGUAGUCAUAAUUACCCUUACCAUUUAUCUUGAAGAAAAAAUGGAGCCAUAAACAAUUGAAUCGUGUAUAUGAAAACAAAAACGGGGAAAAACGCGUUAAAAUGCACAUCAAGGCAAUAACCCCAUUCAAUUGUUCCAUUUGUUCCAUCUGAUAGAGAGCUACGCGACAUCUCCCUGUCAAAAAAUACAAAACGCGCUAAUAAAUAUCCGACUGAUGCCAAUAAGGCGCCAACAACUAAUAAAUCAACAGUUACCAUGAAAAAUGCGAGUGAAAAGGCUUCCCGAACUGAUCUGGCAUAAACAAGGCCCCAUAAUAUUCCACUUAAUGCCAUUAGUAGGCCGAAAACGAUUAUAAACGCUGGAUCAUCCCGGACAUAACGAUUCGUUGUUUCUGAUAAACACGUUAAAAAGGCUGAUUUGUGUGCAUUGUAAGUGACACAUACGUUUCUGCUAAAUUAGUUUAUGCAUCGCAACUUAUUGCACGUACAUGAAGAACAAUUGACCGAAAAACUUUUCGCGGAGCGCGCACUAAAUUGCCCAUUUCCCAGAAUGCCUUCUCAAAAUCCUAGAAAAUGAGAAAAUUGUCCAUAAUACGGAUACAUACAAGUUGAGAAAGCCUCAAAAACCGCAAUUUAUGGCGGAUACUCCCAUACAUUUUGCGUGAAUGGUAUAUGCAGUGAGUAGCAAGCAAACCAGCCGCUUUACGUUAUCACGGAUACGACGUCAUAUAUAAAUAAAGUUAAGUUAUAGUAUAUCUAACCGAUCGUUUAUGAAA